AGAUGCUCUUCUCGCGGAUUUGGAGUCCACAACCUCCCACAUUUCCAAACAAGGUGUUUUUCUGCCAGAAGAGACGCCAUAUUCCUGCCCCAGAGGAAGCGACUCUUAUCAGGACGUGUCGUCUCCGCCUCGAGUAAUCUCCCCUCCUGCUGAAACUCUGAAUGGAUCUUGGGUAGAAAAACCAGAAUCAAAGCACUCAUCAACCCAGUCUUUCAACUCCGCCCCGAAAAGCAGCAGCCCUCGCGUGUCGCAGUCUGAGGAAGAGCACGUCUACAGUUUCCCCAACAAACAGAAGUCGAUUGAGUCUCCCACCGCCGUCAUGAACUCCUCUCUGGGCAGCAACCUGUCAGAACUGGACCGUCUGCUGCUGGAACUUAACGCUGUGCAGCACAGCACUCCCUCUUUCCCUGCUGAAGAGACCUACCCACCCAAACCAGCCAGCAACACCCAACGAUAUGUCCCUGAAAACGGCGUCUCAUCAGUAGUGAAAGCAGCUCCUCCGAAGAUAGAGAAGCCCAAGCGCAAUAUACCUGCAAAGGUGAUCGAAGAGGUCAGGCCCAGUGUGGAAAGCCUGUUAAAUCAGUUGGAGAGCUCCGUCCCAGCUGCUGUCCCUGUCUCAUCAGUGCCGAUGGUUUCAGAGUUGAGAGGAGUUCAGGAAGAGACUCCUGCCCAGCAGCAGGCCCGAAUCUCAGCUUCUUCAGCCACACGAGAACUCGACGAACUCAUGGCUUCACUGUCCGACUUCAAGGUUCAGAGCAAUAUUAUGGCUCAGGGCAAGAGUUCCCCCACCAGUGUCCCGAAGCAGGGGAAUAAACUGGACAAUAUGCUGGGAAGUCUGCAGUCAGACCUCAACCGACUGGGUGUCCAGACUGUUGCCAAAGGCGUUUGUGGAGCUUGCAAAAAACCAAUCGCUGGCCAGGUGGUGACAGCAAUGGGUCGGACGUGGCAUCCGGAGCAUUUUGUGUGCACUCAGUGUCAGGAGGAAAUCGGCUCCAGAAAUUUCUUUGAGCGGGACGGUCAGCCAUACUGUGAAAAGGACUAUCACAGCCUCUUCUCUCCUCGCUGUUACUACUGCAGCGGACCCAUUCUGGACAAAGUGGUGACCGCAUUAGACAAAACUUGGCACCCGGAGCAUUUCUUCUGCGCCCAGUGCGGGUCAUUCUUCGGGCCUGAGGGUUUUCAUGAGAAGGAGGGAAAGGCGUACUGUAGAAAGGAUUACUUUGACAUGUUCGCCCCUAAAUGUGGCGGCUGUGCUCGUGCCAUCCUGGAAAACUACAUCUCUGCCCUCAACUCUCUCUGGCAUCCUGAGUGUUUUGUCUGCAGGGAGUGUUUCACUCCAUUUGUCAACGGCAGUUUCUUCGAGCAUGAAGGGCAGCCGUACUGCGAGGCUCAUUAUCACGAGAGACGCGGCUCGCUCUGCUCCGGCUGUCAGAAACCCAUCACCGGCCGCUGCAUCACCGCCAUGGGCAAGAAGUUCCACCCCGAGCAUUUCGUCUGCGCCUUCUGCCUUAAACAGCUCAACAAGGGCACAUUCAAAGAGCAGAACGACAAGCCCUACUGCCAAAGCUGCUUCGUCAAGCUCUUCAGCUAGAGUGCUGAUGUGUGUUUAAACACACCCCAUACGAGAGAGAGCAAAUAGCGUCACCUUGUGGCGGUAGUGAGCAUUACACCAGCUUGUCCUUGUGCCAAAACACUGUCUGACUAAGUGUAGAUCUUCAGGGAAGCAUUAGGAUUUUGUUAACAGCAUUUUUUCAUACAAAAAAAAAGCCCGCUUCUCCUGGAUCCAGCCUAAAUUUGAUCCUUAAAUUGCGUAUUUUAGAUAUUAUCGACUGCAUCUGACAAAUCGAGAUCUAUUUUUGUACUUGUUUUACACACAAACACACACAGCUGAACUUGAAUACAUGUAUGCACACAUCUCUUUGCACAUUUCUAGUUUUAUUUUCUCGCGGAUUUUGUUUUAGCUUCUUCCUCGGCCGUAUCAUGUCUUUUUUCUCUUAAAGGUGCAAUAAUAUCAACUGCUUGGCAUCAUUUUAGAGUACUUUUGGUUCUCAGAGAGUCUGGUCAGCUCUGAUUUUAUUCUGCACGUCUCAUCGCGUUAUAAAGUGCGCUCUUUCACUUUUAAUGUCGAUGUUUGUUUCUUUUUUUAUAUUUGCUGGGUGGUUUAUGUUUGUUCUGUCUUCAUAAGAGUUUGACCGUCACUUCUGCUGUUUUCAUACAUGUUUUAUUCUUACAAAAAGCCUUCUUGGAGAUGCCGGUCUUCCUCAUGUGGCGCUUCACAGUGUGCCUAUUGCCACCAGGCAUAUUUCGCAUUUUAAUUAUGGUUAUUUUUGUCUUAAUGCCUGAGGUUGAUACACAUUUCCCCCUUUUCCACUUAUUUGAUUUCCUACUGUAUGCAAGUAAAUAUAUUAAAGUCUUAUGAAUGAUAGUUGAUGGCGACUUUAUUUGAUUUGUUCA